AUGGCAGAUUCAAUAACGAGAAGGAUACCCGUUCUCCUUCUCAAGACAAAGUCUGCACCAAAUGAUGCAUACGAGGACCAUUUUUCCAUCUUGCAGGAGGCCCAAUAUCAACCCACAUUUGUUCCAGUGUUGGAGCACCGAUUCAAAAAAGAUGCGUUACACCAGGUCCAACGCGAUAUUGUCGCCGGGAGAUUCGCUCCAAGGGAACAAGGUCAAACGCCAGGUUAUGGCGCCAUUAUCUUCACUUCUCAGCGCGCUGUAGAAGCCUUCACAGAGGUUGUUGAUGGACUUCGGCACAAGCAAGAUGGGUUUGAUCUGGCCACAAAUUUACCAAAGACUCUUCCAUUGUACGUUGUCGGGCCAGCAACUGCCCGCGGUCUCAAGGCGAUACAGUUGCAAUGUCCGAUACUUGGUGAAUCGACCGGCACUGGCGAAGUCCUUGCUGAUUUUAUAUUGGAUCAUUAUAACGACUUGUAUCAGGACAUCGAGAAUCCACCAAUACUGUUUCUCGUAGGUGAUAAACGACGAGACAUCAUCCCUAGAAAGCUUCAGUCCCAGACUCUCCCAUCGUCCACGAGUUCCCGGGUGGAUGAACUGGUGGUUUAUGAAACCGGUGAGAUGCACUCCUUCAAGGAUGAAUUCACCACCAUAUGGCAACAAAAUGACGCGGGUGGCCACCAAUGGGUAGUCGUAUUUUCUCCCACUGGCUGCAAGGCUAUGUUGGAGAGUUUGGAUCUGCUUGAUAGUAGUACUGGAAAAGUGAAACCCAACGCCAAAGCUCAAGGAGUUUUCGUAGCGACUAUAGGACCGACUACUCGCGACUUCCUGAUCAACGAAUUCGACUUCGUACCCGACGUUAUCUGUGACAAAAUGGUCACUACUCGUUCCAAUGACAGCGGGUCAAACCCAGACAACGCUUCUGUUGGAACAAAGAGGAAAGAGCACGCUGUUUCCGAGCAAUCAACACAUGAUCCUAAAGCGGCAAAGAAACAAAUAACACUGGAAGAGACCCUACAAACCAACGGCGGCUCGGAGCCCACCGAUGAUAACACUCGGCCAGAGCAUAAGGCUGAGGAGCAAAGCAAAGAAGAAGCCAAGGAGCGCGCUACGAAAGGUAGUGAAGAACAGGACCAUGAAGAAAAGAAUGAUAAUGAAGAAGAGCACGGCGAUGCCGCUCCGAAGAGCGGCGCUGUGGAGGAUUCCGCUGAUCGGCGUAAAAGGGCACCAUCCAAUAUAUUGGAAAAGGGAAUCAUCUAUUUCUUCACUCGCAAUCGUGUUGGAGUCGACGAUGCUGAGAGUGUAGGCGACCUCCAACGUACCUUUUUCGUCAUGCGACCUCUGAGCCAAGGUGCCAAACUGGGCGAAGGCGCUCUUGCGGAUUCAAAGGACAAUCGUCUAUUUGCCUUGCCCAAAAAGGCCUUCCCAAAAUCGCACAGCGACCGCUUCAUGGCAUUUGUGGAGAAGUCGAAGAUUUCCAUACAAGAGUUGAAAGAUCAAUUCUUCCAAGGAUCCGAGUAUGAGACGCAGACAGCUGGAACACGACACAACAAGCCUGUAACGCCAGUAGGUGAAGGGGUGUACUUGAUCACUCGCACUGAAGACCGUACUACACAUCUAGUAUAUGCUAUCACUAUUCCGACGGAGCUUGGAGUGGUUCAGGAUGACUUGGGUUUGCGGUCUGAGGGUAGUUUCGUGAUCAGCGUCAAAAAUCCGGAACGACCUGGGCCUGCAAGCGCUAGACUACCACAGGGCCCCGAAUUUCCAAAGGAAGUGAUCGAAGAGUUUCGGGGUCUAGCUUGGGCUCAGGUCAAACCGAAUUACCUGGAUUAUGAGAAUUGCCAGAUAUUGUUGAUUGGCGAGAACACAGAGAAAGCCACAGAGCCCACCACGAAAGAUGCGAAACAGGAGAAGAUAACGCCAAAGGAAGAGAUUGAUCAAUUGGAGCAUGAAGACGAGCUUCGCGUUGAACACCUCCAUGGGAAUGAUACUGUAUUCGAUGAUCUGAAGAUUAGCAAGGAAGAGUAUUCAAAAGUACCGACAACGUGGUAG